AUGUCGUUUUGCACUGUUUUUAAAUGGUUCUUUGCUGCUUACUUACUGUCUUCAUAUAAGUCACUUCCUGGAGCGUAUUUUGUUAGGUUUUAUUACUAUGUGACUCAAACCUUGUUCUUGCCUAUAUUUACAGGAUUUGAAACCGAAAAUAUCAAGAAACUUGAGAAAAACGAGUACGGUUGCUUCUCAUACAAUAAACUAGAUACCUACGCCUCUCCUUUCGAAUGUGAUUUUUACUUUCAUAAAAGUAACAGCACAUAUUUUGCAGAAUUGGAUAUUUCGAGAGGGAGCUUGAUGUGCAAGAUUUUCCAAAAAUUGAUGCUAAAUUCUAGGCAUUAUCCAUACGUUCCGGUCGCAAACGUUUUCACUAAUUUCUUGAAGGAGAUAAAGCCCUUCCAAAAGUACUCUAUCUCGUCAAACAUUAUUUGCUGGAAUGAAAAAUGGAUUUACGUCAUGAGCAGAUUCACCAUAAAAAACGGCACGGUCUUGUGCUCUUUAUCAUUGACUAAAUACGUCCUUAAAGACGGUAGAAAGACCAUUAAGCCAAAGGAUGCCCUUGAAUACUGUGGAAUAUAUAAUGAGAAGGUCGCCAAAAUUUCCGAGGACAACUUAAAGCUUCUAACCGAGCAUUGUGGUUUCCACGAAACUGUUCCAUUAGAAAACUUGAGUCAAGACUACUGUUCUAAAAUUUAG